AUGCCCGAUAAGAUUCUUCUGCCUGAGCAGAUCCAGAGUCUCAUUGCUCAGGGUAAAGCCAUAGUCAUAUACAAAGACUAUGUGCUUAAUCUCACACCUUGGCUUCCAUACCAUCCUGGAGGAGACAAGGCGGUAUUCCAUAUGGUUGGCCGGGAUGCCACAGACGAGAUGUUAGCCUACCACGGGCCCGAGGCUAUAGCCGUGUUUCAUAAAUGGAAAGUUGGAAGGAUCAACUAUCCUUGGAAAAAUAUUCUUCCACCGAUCCAGGGAGCUGUUUACAGAGUCGGGGAAAAAGCUCACCGCGAUAAACUAGGAGAUAAACUCGACGCCUCAGGCAGGGAAUCGUCGUCUAGUGUGGACAUUUCCAGUGCUAGCUCUUCUGAUGUUGACGUGGACGAGCCUCCAAUCUCGGAGAAAUACCAUAAAAGUGGCUAUCCGCCGGAGAAAAUAUCCCCUGUCGUUCCCCAGAAUAUCGAGGUGGUGUCAGAAAAUAACGUCGACAAGGUUUUCCCGGUCGACCGGAAACUGGUGAUUGUCGACCCCAAGGAGGGUCUCAAGAACUAUGACAACGAGCUUUCCCGCCGUGAUCUUCUCUCGCUUCCGGCACUCGACUACGAUACCCAGUCCAUACUCAGGGACAAAUACAACAGCCUUCACGCCAAGGUGAUUAAAGCAGGCUUGUACCAGUGCAAGUACAGCAACUACGUCAGAGAACUCGUCAAAAUCGGGUCUCUCUUACUCUAUUCGUUUUCAUUCCUUCAUUUGGGCUACUACACCAUCAGUGCUGUGCUUAUCGCCACGGCAUGGCAUCAAAUGACAUUCAUUGCACACGACGCUGGUCAUGUUUCUAUAACCCACAAUUACCAAUUUGAUAAUGUCUUUGGUAUGGUUAUAGCAUCCUGGUGUGGAGGUCUCUCGCUUGGAUGGUGGAAACGGAACCACAAUGUUCACCAUCUCAUCACGAACGACCCCGUCCACGACCCAGACAUCCAGCACUUGCCUUUCUUUGCGGUGAGUGUGAGGUUGUUUGAGGAUGUUUACUCCACUUAUUAUGAUAAGUUUUUGUGGUUUGAUGCUGUGGCCCGGAAGAUGGUGCCCUUUCAAGAGUACCUCUACUAUCCAAUCUUGGCCUUCGGUCGCUUCAACUUGUACAGAUUGCUGUGGACUCACGUCUUGAUGGGCGAAGGUCCCCGUCGUGGCUCAGCUGCAUGGUUUAGGUGGUUCGAGUUGGCUGGGUUGUCGUUUUUCUUCUACUGGUUCUUCUACAUCAUUGUCGGCCAGAAGGUCGAGGGCGGCUGGAACAAGACCUGGUACGUGAUGGCAUCCCACAUGUGCACCAUGCUUGUUCAUGUUCAAAUUACCCUCUCCCACUUUGCCAUGUCUACUGCAGAUUUGGGCGUGAGCGAGUCUUUCGCAUCCAGACAAUUGAGAACCACCAUGGAUGUGGACUGUCCGCAAUGGCUUGAUUUCUUGCAUGGUGGCCUCCAAUUCCAGGCCAUUCACCACUUGUUUCCUCGUAUGCCCAGACACAAUCUCAGAAAAGCACAGCCGUACGUGCUUGAUUUCUGUCAGGACGUCGGGUUGCCAUACUCUAUCUAUGGGUUUGGCAAGGGAAACGAGAUCAUCAUUGGCAAGCUCGCAGAGAUCGGCAAGCAGUGCUCCAUCAUGUUGGAUUGCACGAAAAAACUACAGGAGGAGAAAACUCCAGUCACGGAUAUGAUUUAG